UACACUUCGAUUAUGGGAGUCGGGUGAUGACAGGCGAAGUAUGACAGAAAGGAAACUUGUUAUUCUAAAGGUCAUCUUCGAUCGGUUUUUCAUUAUUUGAGUUGAUGUCUGAUUGAUUUCAAUUUAUCCCAAUGACUUGAUUUCGUAAUUAUAUAUUGGUCUUAUAAAGACAAUGCAUCAUUUCACAGCAAAUAUGAACAAAGAUCCAGACGACUCUCUUGAAAGAUCAAUGGAAAAUAUAGCCGAAAGGAUGAAAAAAACUGAUGAGAAGAUGGAUGUACUUGCGGAACGAGUAAGUAACAUAAAAAGUGAUAUUUUAUCUGAAGAAGGUGAGACAGUUGAAGUCAAUAACCUUCUGAAAUCUGUAAAUGAAGUCAAAGAAAAUUAUCAGUCCCUUCGUAAAGAAUUGAUGGAAGUACAGGAUCUCCAGAAGCAACUAAGCUCUUCACUUCAGAUUCAGCUUCGCAUGAUGCAAUCGAAGUUCAACACACUGAAAGAAAAAGUUAUCACAGGCAAUAUCGGCAGCAGAGCAUUGUCCAGGUCUCAAUCUAUUUCUUCCAGUCAUACCAGGCAAGAGUAUAUCGGCUUUGAAAAUAUUGACUAGAUCUUAAAAGCUGAUAUCCACUCAAAAUGAUUAUGUAACAUCAUGUGGAUACAUUCAAAGCAUAUAAUCAAGUAUUGAAUAUCUAGUGAUUUGAUGAAGUGAUGAUGAAAUUUUGUAAUGUUGAAAAUAUUACUUCAAUUCCUUGAUUAUCAUUGAUUAUUUGCUUUCGUUGAAGCUUCUAUUUGAUUUGUUCAACUGUUGCAAGAUGCACUUCAAUAUCGGUUCAUUGCCCAUUAGUAAAAGUAGAAGUCACUAUUAUCUGUUUGUUUCAUUUCUGAAUAUACUUCAAGAAAUGCAUAAGUAAAUUGAAGUUCAAUUUGCUCAAGAUUUUUAAAUGGUGUUUUGAAAAUAUUUUAGUGUUAUUUUCAGAACAUUUUCUUUUAGGCUUAAAUGCAUAUAUCAGUGUUGUGCAUGAUAACAUAUCUUAUGCCAAUUGUUUAGAUUCAAUGUGGUAACAAAGAUGUCUAAAAAUACUAGUAUGUCCACUGCUUAGAUUUUGUUUAGGAUAAUUCUGGUGACUUGAAAUCAGGAUUGCGGUAGUUCCUUUUCGAAAGUGAUCCUAUUUAAUUAAAGAAAUUUGAUGUGAGCAACAUAAAAAAUGAUAGAGAAAUCAUUGGAAAACUAUUUAGAAUCCUAGAAGGCUGAUACUUUCAAGUCACCAGUUUUAUUUGAGUUAGAGGCACACCGGUAUUUUUAUACAUCUUAGUGGUAAUCUAUAAAACAUAUGUCAACUAUGUACAUCCAUAUCUACGCAUGUUCUAGUGAAAAGUGAAGUCAAUUAUUAGAUGUGUAUUACCUGUCUUUAUAGAUACAGGUGAUAUUUUUCAAAUAUUAAAAUAACAGUAGAAAAUUAUUAAGUAGAAACUGAAUUUCUAUUAAAAGGUGAAUUUUUUGGUUGGACUAUCAAGCAACUUCUAAAACUUGAAAAGACAGGGUAUGAUGAUGGUUAACAUGAAGAGAAAUUAAUACAAAAAGGAAAUUUUGAAAUCCCAUCUUUUACAUUACCUUCGUUAUUAGAUGACCUUUCCAUCAUUAGUAAUCUGCAACCUUUUAGGUAUUAGGGACCAAACAAUCCAAUUUCAUUUUUUCCUUUUCAAAUAUUUUAUUAAUAUAAAAUCUUUUUCAUGACAUUUUUUAGUUGAUUUGCUUGUUAAUGCAUGUAUUAUGAAUUAAUCUGUUUUAUGCUCAUGAAAAGUUAAAAAGUCAUUAUUUAUAUACAUCGUUGAUACUUGAUACCCAGAUGACAACAUCUGAAAUUUAUUGGUAAGAUUUCAAAAGUGAAACGCCAUUCUGUGGCAAGCAUUAGUCAACUGUUAAAAAGUAAAUUAUUUAAAAUUGAUUGGUUUUCCUGUUGCACUUUUUGAGAAUAUUUCAAAUAUGUUCGAUUAAAAAUCUGGAUGUCAAUAUAUUUUGAGAAGCUGUUAUAUUUGUAGGAAAUAUACCUUAUUAUAUUGAGUGUAUCCUAUAAGUCAAUGUUUUUCAUUGAAAAAAAUUACUUCGUUAGAACUUUUAUGAUUGAAGAGAUGGUAGCUGUUUUUUCGAUAAUUUUAAUGAAAAUUUCCCAAUAAUAUUCCUCUUAGUAAUUUCACACUUGCUCAAAUAUUUCAUUAAAACAACAAGCACAAUAAUAUCUCUACCUUCUAGUGAAUUGAUGAAAACAAUAUUGAUAUAACAUUUCAUAUAAAUUUUAAGCACAGAAUUACACAUAUUAAAUUAUUGCUCAAAGUACCAUAUUAAUGUUGUCAAAUAAAUAAAUUAAAGCAUG